CUCAGACGCAUAGGCUGUGGGCGGAGUGUCCGUCACCGGUUGACCUACCAAACUCAUCUGUCAGCUGUGUGUCUACAUUGUAAAGAUGGCAGGAAACAACUCUUAUACUAUAGUAGAAUAUUUUGGAGGGGAUGAUGGCUACCGCUGCGGUUACUGCAAAAAUGAUAAGGGAAACUUCUCUCACGGAAUGUGGUCUCAUUCUAUGACCGUACAAGACUACCAAGAUUUAAUUGAUCGGGGAUGGAGAAGAAGUGGGAAAUAUGUUUACAAGCCCAUAAUGAAGAAGACAUGCUGUCCUCAGUAUACCAUCAGGUGUCAUGCACUGAAUUUCCAGCCUUCUAAAUCUCAUAAGAAAAUCCUGAAGAAAAUGAACAAAUAUAUUUCUAAAGGAGACCUGCCUGCAGCUCAGGAGGAUGGGGAGCCAAUGGAUUCUGUCUGUGAAGAUGCUGGUCCACGGGAACCUACUAAAGUCUGUCAGUCAGAUUUAAAAGUUGCUGCUCGCGCAGAUAUUAAAAAUGAAAUACCAAACUGUUCCGCUGCUGAAGAAGUUCAGAAAAACUCGGUGGAUUCUACAGCUGGAAGCUCAGAAAAUUCCCAGAAUGAUUCAGCUUCUGUCUCAGAAGGGGGAACAGAUGCCAAAGCUCCUAACCCAGGGUUGGGAGCAGAUCCUAGCCGUCCGCCCAGCAGAAAGGCCAAAGAUUUAAGAAAGGAGCGUCGUCUUCAGAAAGACCAGAAAAGACAACAUGGUGCUGGAGUCUCGCCACCAAAGCCUGCCCAUACUAACCAACCCAAAACACUGGAGGAGUUCAUCAACGAGUCUUUAGAAAACAGCUCCUCUGAUCGCCUUGAGGUGAGGCUAGUGCGCUCCAAUCCCCCUAGCCCGCAGUUCAAAGCCUCUUUCGACGCCUCCUACCAGGUGUACAAACUCUACCAGAUGGCCAUUCACAAGGAUCCUCCUGACAAACCCUCCGAGAGCCAGGUGAGGCUAGUGCCGGUGAACUUUGAGGACCCCCAGUUCUCUGCGUCGUAUCAACAAUCGGCGGCGCUGUACGCCCGCUACCAGAUGGCCAUUCAUGGUGAUGAUCCAAGUGAAUGUAGAGAGAGUGAGUUCCGGAGAUUUCUUUGUGAUUCACCACUUGAGGCAGAACAUUCUCCAGAUGGACCGGAGAUGGGAUACGGCUCCUUCCACCAACAGUACUGGCUGGAUGGACGCAUCGUAGCCGUGGGAGUGAUUGACAUCUUGCCUACAUGUGUGUCUUCUGUCUACCUCUACUACCACCCAGACUUUACAUCGCUGUCUUUAGGGUCCUACUCUGCUCUCAGGGAGAUUGCUUUCACCAGGAAAUUGCAGAAACAGUCCACCAAGCUGUGCUACUACUACCUGGGCUUCUACGUUCACUCCUGCCCCAAGAUGCGCUACAAGGGACAGUACCGGCCCGCUGACCUCCUCUGCCCAGAAUCCUACACUUGGGUUUCUGUGGAGCAAUGCAUACCGCUGCUCAACAACUCCCGCUAUGCUCGAUUAAAUCAGGACCCUGAUGCAGGAAAGAGCCACCAGUCAGGAGUAAAAGUAAACAUGUGGAGACAAGAAGACAAUUGUGAAAGAGAUUGGGUCGGAUACACAUAGUAAACGGUAAAGGACACAAUCACAGUUGUAUUAUUUUAGUGAAGGAAGUGACAGCAAGUAGUGCUAGGAGCUGUUUACUGGCACCGGCAGAAAGAAAACACUCAUUCAUAUUGAGACUGCUUUGAGAAACAUUUCCUAUGUUUGCUUUUAUUAGCUGUACUGAAAUUUUUCAAGUCAUUAAACAGAUUCUAACACCAAACAAAGAUAACCUGAGUGCAUGCAAAACGUUUCCAAAUGUUGUUUUUGUUGCAUAUGUGAUAAAAGCAUUCUAAACCAACCUGUACUUAUGUGUGAAGUAUCGGGGUGAACCACACUUGGUAACUACUACUACCAUUGAGAGUUUGCUAAAAAAAAAUAUCAGUGACUUUUAAGUCACUGUUAAGUAAUUUUGGCUCUCUCUUCUUUGCAGAAUGGUUUUAAUUGAGAAUAGCUAUUGAGCAUGAAAGGGCUGUUUUAGGUCAUGCCACAGCAUCGUUAUAUGGUUAAAUCCAAACUUCAAUUAGGCCACUCCAAAACAUUCAUUUUGGGUUUGGAUCAUUAAUGCAAGUGAGCUUGAGCUUAAGGAGCUCCUGUUCAGUGAUUGUUGUUCAGGUUUUUCUGCUACAGAACAGAAGCAACAGCAAGUCGGUCCUAUAAAGCAUCCAGGGACCAAAUUACCACUUCUAUGUCUGACUAUCAGUUUGAUAUUCCGGUUCUGAAAAGCUGUCAGUUUCCAACCAACACACUCUUGUCCCAUUAGUUCACAGUGCAUUUUUCCUGAAAACAUGGUGGCACUUAUUUUAUUCUUUGCAAACUCCUUUUAUUUUACCCAGUAACAGAAAAGUAAAGUAAAGUAAAGAAAUAGACCCCAAGUUAUUAAAGUUAUUAAAGCAAGAAACUGCUGUCCUAAUGAGGUGUUUAAAGAUGGCUAAAGUUCACAUAACUCUCCCAUUCCAUUGACUAAAAUAAAACAUGUUAUUCCACCAAAAAUCCCUUAUUUGUUAAUUUUAUUUUUCUAUUUUUAUUUCUUUAUUUUCUAAUUUUAUUGUCUUUCUUUUUAUCUUGAAACUAUUAUUAACAUUGUUUCCGUCUUCCCCAUUCCGUUUGUGGCUAUUAUGGAGUUUCUCAUUGAGCUGCUGUUAAUUUACUUCCUGAAAGUUGUUAUAGAGGACGAAAUGUACUGUCUGUCUGCUAGCAUUUUGUUAAGAUGUUAGUUUUGGUUUCUAUAUAGAUGUCAGCAGCAAACAGGAUGAUUUUAUGGAGCGUUAGGCCUUACUGUUGCAGCCGGUGCGUGAACAAGCCGACUUUGCCUUUCCAGCGCUGUCAGUGUUUUUUUACGUGGUUCCUUUGUCAUGGGCAGGUGAGCUGAUGUCAUCUGGAUGUUUUUCUUGCUGCUGAACUGUUUUAUUCCAUUCUCUGCAAGUAUGUUAUUACUCAUUCCCUUGUUUUUGUUUUUGUUUUUUGUUUUUUUUACUGAACUUUAUGUAUUUGUGUAUUUUAAUUUCACUUUAUGCAAAUUGUUUUGCAUUUCAAUUGUUAAUCUCAGAGAUCUGUUGGUGAUGUCUGUUUCUUUUAUUUAUAUUUGUUUUGUCAUGUUUCAAAUUGUGUAAAAAAAAAAAAAUUAUAUUGGCAUUUAACACAAAAUACUGGUGAAAGCUUGAUUCCACUCAUGGCUGUUAAGGAGGAAGGUGAGUCGAUGUCGGCUGGGUGUUUUUCCUGCUGCUGAACUGUCUUAUUCCAUUCUGUGCAGAAAAAAAACACACCAUCAGUUAGGCUGAACUGCAAGUCACUGCCUUCUUCAUUUACACAACACACAGAACUUUAUUGGUGGUCCGGUUGGAGUAACGCUGAGCCCGGCUGUUGCUGACACAUUGAGUGUCCCACCGUGUCUGUGACCCCUAGUGGACAUCAGUCUGUGCACACAUACGUAGACCAAAUGUACAGCACAUAUGUAGCGUCUCUCACACACUCACAAUCAUUGUUUGUUUGACAGGGAGAGAAGCUGGGCCAUUGGCUGUUCAGCAGCAUAAACAUGGGAGAAAAUGUGCGUGUUGUCUUUUGUUUGGCUUUAAAUGCAACUAGGAGGUGCCAGACGGGAAACGCAAACAAUAAGUGGCAAUUUGUGUAAUUUCAUGCAUCAAAAUGGUGCAUUUACAUUCUGCUGGUGCCUUUCACGUUCCUGAUUGUAAAACAUAUCAGUUAGCAACAAUCUGAUCUACUUUGGUGUUACCUACAGUAAAUGACACCUACCUGAUGUCACCCACUUCUCUUUCUUCUGCCUCCUGACUUCUCUACUAUAUUUCUGGCUUAUUGCAUUCCAUAUCUUGUCUAUCAGUCAGACACUCUCUCUUGUGCCUCACAGUGCUUUCAGCUCCUUAGCCUGAUGAGUGCUAAUGUUCCCAGUCUGAGUGGGAGCUGAUGGAUUCGCUUCCCUCUUACUGGGCCCUGCAAAGGUUUUCAUCCCCCUUGAAUAUUUUCUUGGAUGUUUCGCAAAUUUUUGUAUGUGCUUUAUUUGGAUUUUAUUUGAUAAAUGGACAAAAAAAGAAAAAGAAAGAAAAGGGUGUAGUUUGUU